GUCCUGUUCUUCAUGUGCCGUCAUCACCAUGAACCCGGAAGUGUCCCGCUUGUUGUGAGCUGUCUCUCCGUUGGUCCCUUCUUCGUCCUGCUGGUUCGAAUGGCGGGUUCUGUUGGUCCGGGUCUGACCGGCUCUGGGUUCUGCUGCUCUGCGGUGCUGCUGCUGCUGCUGCUGCUGCUGGCGGCCGGACCUGGACUCGUUCGGGCCGUUUCGGAACCGGGGAAGUGGACGGUGGACGUCGGCGUUGAGAACCAGAAGCCUCAGUACUUCGUCUUCAGGAAGACGCUGUUCAACGGUAGCAGCAUCCACCUGCAAGCUGUUCCUCAGAACUGCUCCCCGUCCUCGAAGAUGGAGGUUUCCUGGUACCUGAGGAACUCCCACUGCUACAACGAGGUCUACAACAAGAACCUGAAGCCAGAGGACUACUUCAACUCGGUCUUGGUGGUAGCAGAGGGGGGGUCGGGGGCCUUCACCAAUCACACCUACAAGCCAAUCAGCUGCCAGAUAAAGCCCUACAUUUUCAGCGUAGCGGAGUUCGACCUGCCUGUGGCGCUGAAGAACCCGCUGCCACCACCAUCAUCAUCGUCAGCUCUGGAAAACUCCGGGAGGAGGAGGAGGGAAGCUAAGAAACCAGAACCAAAGGCUGCUGGUGCCUCCUCUAAUCAGAGCGACUUCGACAUCGUGGCCCGGUCCUGGGAGGACGGACCCUACAUGUUCAUCAUCAAGGUCCAGAAGACCGGAACCGGGCCAUGGAGACUGCAGCUUCAGGUCAGCAUGAAGGGACCUCAUGGCUUCAUCUCAGCCACCGAGUGGCCUCUGAUGGUGUUCUACAUGGUGAUGUGCAUCGGUUAUGUGCUGCUGGCCGUGCUGUGGCUGGUUCUGUCCGCUUGCUACUGGAGAAGCCUGCUGCGGAUCCAGUUCUGGAUAGGUGGCGUCAUCUUCCUGGGCAUGCUGGAGAAAGCCGUGUACUACGCCGAGUUCCAGAGCAUCAGCUAUGAGGGCGUAUCAGUCCAGGGAGCAGUGGUGUUUGCCGAGGUGCUUUCGGCCGUGAAGCGGACGCUGGCCAGAGUUCUGGUGAUCAUUGCCAGUCUGGGAUACGGAAUUGUCAAGCCCAGGCUGGGUGCCCUGCUGCACAGAGUGGUCGGCGUCGGCCUGCUCUACCUGCUCUUCUCCAUCAUCGAGGGAAUCCUGCGGGUCCACACGGUGAGUUCUGACCCGCUGGCCCGGUUUCAGUGGCUCAGGUUCUCACCCGCUGGCCAGGUUCUGUUGGACCUGUUCCAACCCAGUUGUGGCCCAGUUCUGGCCCGGUCUAACCCAUGUGUUCUGCAGGAUCGGGGGAACGAUGACCGGAGCCUGAUAGUGUGUGACGUGGUUCUGGCUCUGACCGACUCCUGCGUUGUCUGGUGGAUCUUCGUGAGUCUGGCUCAGACGAUGAAGCUGCUGAAGCUGAGGAGGAACGUGGUGAAGCUCUCUCUCUUCAGACACUUCAGCAACACGCUCAUCUUUGCUGUCAUCGCUUCAGUGAUCUUCAUCAUCUGGACGGCAAAGAACUUCACCAUGUCCAGGUGUCGCUCUGACUGGAGGGAAGUCUGGAUCCAAGACGCUUUCUGGCGCUUCCUGUUUUCCGUCAUCCUAUUGGUCAUCAUGUUCCUAUGGCGACCGUCGGCCAAUAAUCAGAUGUACGCCUUCAGCCCCCUGGUGGACGCUGACAGUGAGGAUGAGGAGGAGAAGGAGCCCAUGAUGAACGAGGCUUUUGAGGGGAUGAAGAUGAGGGGGACAAAGACCGAGACCAACGGGACAGCCAGACCCAACAAAGUGGAUGAAGAUCUGAAGUGGGUGGAGGAGAACAUCCCGUCAUCGAUGGCCGACAUAGCGCUGCCCCCUCUGCUGGACUCAGACGAGGAAACUCAGACGACAAAGUUGGAGAUGUCUAAGAUGGAGUGAAUCGGACGGAGGUGGAGCAGAUGGAGAGAUGGCCGGUGUUUCUAAAUGGACAUGAAGAAGAAAUGGAGGAGUGAAGAGUUUUUAGGGUUUUUCUCUGAUUCUCUCCUGGCUUUAUGAGCUUCGUAAGCCUUUCACUAGGAGCUGAAUUCAAUCAUUCUGUGUAUUUGUAAUAAUCUGCUUUUUGCAGCGCGGCUGCUUGCUUCCAUUGUUGUUGUGCAGCGGCGCCGCCCUGCUGGACGUCUGUCGGGUUUGCUUUUAUGUUUUUUGCGUUGUGAAUUGGUGUUUGGAUAUUUUUCCUCUAAAAGCCAAAGGGACGAACCAGAGAGAGAAAUCACGAGGAAUUAUUGACUUUUAUUUUGUAAAGUUUGUCUUUGUGUUUCAACCAAUAAAGUUUUCAUUUUCACCUGA